AUGGAGAGAACCAAAAAUUUCGAUAUCGCCAUCAUUGGCGGAGGCAUAGCUGGUCUAACACUUACCAUUGCCCUUCACCACCACGGGAUCCCAGUCACAGUAUACGAACAAGCACCACAGUUCGGCGAGAUUGGCGCCGGAGUAGCCUUUGGGCCUAACGCUGUACAGGCUAUGAGGUUAUGUCACCAAGGUAUCUAUGAAGCAUACGAGAAAGUUUGCACAAGAAAUCUCUGGCCUGAGAAGCGAAACGUCUGGUUCGACUACCUUGACGGCUAUACAGGUCCAAGACUAGGCCAGCAAAAACAGGAUAUCGCUUUUACGAUUCAGAACAGUCUAGGGCAGAGUGGCGUCCAUCGCGCUCGAUACCUAGAUGAACUCGUUAAGCUUGUACCCCAAGACAUCGCACGAUUCGACAAAAAGCUUGCUAACGUUCAAGAGAAUAUUAAUAAUGGUAGGUUGGUUAUGCAGUUUGAGGACGGCUCGAGCGCCGAAGCUGAUGCUAUUAUCGGAUGUGAUGGGAUCAAGUCUCGUGUUAGGCAAGUGAUUCUCGGCAAGGACCACCCGAGUGCACAACCGAGCUAUACGCAUAAAUAUGCGUAUAGGGGCCUUGUGCCUAUGGAAAAGGCGAUUGAGGCAAUAGGGGAAGAAUUGGCCGUGAACGCCUGUAUGCACAUGGGUCCAAACGGUCAUAUUUUGACAUUUCCAGUCGACUAUGGCCGUACCCUAAAUAUUGUUGCUUUCAGAACAACUUCGGACGACUGGCCAGAUUUCCAGCGACUCGUGAAGCCAGCUCGACGAGAAGAUGCAAUGAAAGACUAUCAUGGAUACGGCUCCAGUGUAAUGAAGCUCCUAAGUCUAAUGAACCCGAACUUAGACGUGUGGGCAAUAUUGGAUCUGGGGGAACACCCUGUCCCUACCUUUAACCGGAGCCGUAUUUGUAUUUCUGGGGACGCCGCUCACGCUACAUCCCCUCAUCACGGUGCUGGCGCAGGCUUCUGUAUCGAGGACUCCGCUAUACUUACGGCACUCCUAAUCGACGGGCGUGUUCAAUCUCGAUCCGAUCUCGAAGCCGUUUUCGAAACAUUUAGUAGCCAGCGGAUGGAAAGAGCGCAGUGGCUAAUUCAGAGCAGUCGAUGGAUUGGUGACUGCUAUGAGUGGCGAGCAAAGGGUAUUUGGGAGGACUUCGGCAAAAUCGAGAAGGAGAUUAACGAACGAAAUAGUGUCAUCACGGAUGCAAAUGUUGAAGAGAUGUGUAAGAAAGCGAGAGAGGAAUUGGUCAUCAGACUCCGUCGGCGGCAAGAGAGUUUGUAG